AUGUCCGCUCCUACCGACAUCGAAAAGCCUACCGGGCAGCGGCUCGCAAGCCAAUACAAAGUCAUUGAGAGGAAAGAGCUCGAGAGAUCACAAUACCCAUGCACACUUAAUUCGUCGUCUGCAUCCAUUCACGAUCUCGCCUACCACCAAAGUAUCCUAGGCAAUGAAGACAACUUCGCCGAGCAAACCACCUGCAGUAUCUUUGAUGUGAAUGGAGACGGGGUUGGCUUUCUGAAACCUGAGGUUCACGAUGACGAGCUUCGUUGCUACAUCCAAGCAUGGACAACUGCUUCGAUUCUGCUCGCAUUGACUAACAGUCGACUAGAGUCCAAUGCUCCACAAUGCUACUCGCAUUAUCUUCUUCACAUCCAAGCAGCAAAAGGGCACAACAUUCGCCUAGCAGAUAUCUCUGAGCCAAACUCUGGCUCGAGAACUCCUCCACACAUUCGAGGUGUCACCACAUUUUGUCCCUUUGCUGCUUGCCGAGCCAGAAAUUCAUAUGUCAGCAUCCGCGAUGGAACAUACAUACAAAACUUCAACCAGAUUGAAAGACGCGUUCGCCCAUCCGCAUCAACUCAACAAGCUUCACGCAGGACUUCAGACUCGUUCUUCCUGCACGGCGUUAUCGCCCAAGAGUCGUUCCUUCAAUCAAAAGGUGUCAUCACGAAACUUCGACAUCGUCUCUACGAUCAACUGGACGUCGUCGAUGAUGACAAAAAUGCAGAAAAAGGCAAGACUGAGCUGGCAUUAGACCGAGAUGCCCUAAGAGGCAUAACGAAGAAUCUACACAUGAUCUCGCAAGAUGCCGAUGUACUUGUCUCAAGCACAGAAAUGGGCACAAUGGUAGUUGAGCGUAUGGCUGUUGCGCACGCCUAUCUCAAGACAACGUCCGACAUCUCCUCGCGACAAGGGCACAAUCAAGUCGAUGACAUGUUGGAGCAUCUUAUGCACUCUUUGCAGUCUAGGAAACGGUGGAUUCUAGGCUACAAGUCGCGGAAAGACACUGCUAUGAACCUUGUCUUCAACUUAGUUACCCAGCAAGACAGUGAAACAAACACUUCUAUAGCACGAGCCACAAGGGCAGACAGCUCGGCUAUGAAGAUCAUCGCCGCCUUGACCAUGAUAUUUCUUCCUGCGACAGCUGUCUCGGGCUUUUUCGGCAUGGUAUUCUUCGACAACCAGAACGGCGAGGUUGUCGUGACAACUGAUUGGUGGCUUUUCAUUGCGACGACGAUACCUAUCACCAUCAUCUUGAUAAUGAUCUGGCGGAUUUGGCUAUCGUGGACAGAGCUCAUCGAAGGACCCCAAAUCGUUAGACGACUGGCGAUAAGAGCCUGGUCCGCGGUUAAGUCUAAGAUGACUUCGAUUUCAUUCGAGGGUUUCGGCGAUACCCCGUCGAGCAUACCAGUGAAAGAAACCGAUGAUAUAGUCUGA